AUGCCAGACGUUGUUUUCGAUAUAAUUGGCACUUGCAUAGGCUAUGAUGUGAUGCUAGAUGCAAUCGAAACAAGAUUGGGUAGCAAACUAAAGGCCUAUAACAUUGGUACCAAGGUGUUUUUUGAUGCAUGGGGUACAGCGUGCGAGAGAGAUUUUUCCUAUCUUUCACAGAUAGGCAACUACCAACCGACUAAAAAGAUCCUGAAAGCUACCUUUUACAGAGCUUUGCAUCAUGCAGGCAUACCAGAUCCCAUGGGCCUAGUUCCGGACGAGGAUCUGGAGUAUCUUUCAGAACAGUGGUUGAAGCUGAAAGCUAGGCCUGAAUUGUCUAAAAUGUGGAAUCUACUUCGCCAAGAAGGGUUUACAAUCUGGUGCCUGACAGAUGGCGACAAAGAUAGAGUCAAAGGCUACUUUAAUAACUCCUCCAUAGAAAUGCCUGAUGAAAACAUUGUCUCAUGCGACAGUUUGAAGAUUGGUAAACCCACCCCCGAGGUUUACAAGUUUAUGUUGAACAAAAUACCGGGAAAAGGGAAGGAUGCAUGGUUUGCAGCAGCUCACAUGUGGGACUGUUGUGCAGCCAAAAAGGCAGGAUUCCAGACUGCGUGGACUAAUGUCUACGAGAAAUUCCCAUGCACAGACAUCUUUGGAAAACCUGAUCUCAUUUGUGAGGGCUUGAUUGAUAUGGCAGAGAGUAUUAUUGAAACCUACAAAAGCAGUGAAUAG